AUGUGGAACAACGUGCGAAUGAAGGAGCUGGUGCUCAUCCCCACGUACCCGUGCGCCAUCAACGAGCGCAUUGGCAAAUGGGGGGACGGCGGAAAGUGGACGUGCCUUCUGCCCAACGCCAUCCAAAAGACUAACCCCGUCGUGUACAGCAUCGGCAGCUUCGGCAUGUACUCAUUUGAAAAAGAAAUGCACCAAAUGCUGCGCACCAUGCCCUACACAUUCGAUCCCUUCCUCCCCCCUGAAAAGCGCAACGUCAUGGCCUCGCUCCCCUUCCUCCACUUCAUCGAAAUCGGCCUCUCCGGAACGGCCACCCUCCCCACCUACCGCUCGAAAUUCCCCGAAAAAAAGUUUGCGACGCUGCCAGAGAUGAUGGGGCAGUUCGGGCACAGCUACGCGGACGUGUUUAAGAUUGACUGCGAGGGGUGUGAGGUUGAGUGGAUCAAGGACCUUGGCAAGCAGUACAACAACACUGGCAAGAGGCUGGCAGUGCAUGGGGGGAAGCUUCCUUUCGGACAGAUCCUCAUCGAAUUCCACAAGGGCAUGGACAAGAGCGUCAAGACUCUCACAAUGGUCUACACGCUCGAGAAUCUCGGGUAUCGCAUGUUCAGCAUUGAAUACAACCACCGCUGCGCCGUGUGCUGUGAGAUGAGCUUCAUUCACGAGAGCCUUCCUGGCAGCAAGGUGGCUGCUGAGGAGAUUGAAAAGGAGAAGAAGGGAGAGGACAAUGAAGAAGAGGAGGAGGAGACGGCAAGUGAGAAGGUUGUUGGAAACAGGAAGGUGAAGAUUGGAGGGAAGGGCAAGGAGGAGGGGAGCAGCAAGGGGACUAGCAAGGUGACCAGCAAGGGGAGCGUGAAGGGAAGCACCAAGGAAAGAAGUACCAAGGUGGGGAAGAAGAUCAGCAAGGAGAAGAGCAGCAAAACGAGCAAGAAGGAAACCAAGGAGGAGGAGGAAGAGGAGUGA